UUUUUAUGCUUUUAUUGACGCAGGUGCGAGUACAAUGCUUCCAUUAUUUACGUACUAAUCCUCAAAAUGGCAGAGUGGAUAGUUUUAUAAAUAGUAAAGAGGAUGUUUUGGAACCAGAUAGGCAAGUACAAAUAUUGACAAAACGUUUAGCUGAAAUGGAUGAAGCGUUUAGUGCGACCUUACAUGCGCGGAAAACUAGGUACAUAUUUGAAGGUUUGGCUCAUUUAGCAGCCCGCAUACUUAUACAAGCUUCCAAUUAUUUGGAGAACAUUGAUCAAGUUACUGUACAACGAAUGUGUCGUAAUGCACUGUCUCUACAACAAACUCUAAGUAACAUAACGGGCUCCAGAGAAGUGGCUUUAGAUCAAGCAAAACAAUUCUACGAAUUAUUAUGCAUGGAACCGGAUAUAAUAAUUACUACCAUUGUCGAGCAAGGUUCCCAAUUCACUGAAAUGCAAUAUUUAAAUGCCUUACAAUUAUCAUGCAAAGCACGAGGUAUUACUGACUCUAAUACACUGGCUAACUAUCAACAGAGAUUAUCAGAUAUUUUGGGAGCCAAACCUUCCGCUGGUGUUGUCGUAUAAUAAACGUGUUGUUCUAAUUUAAAGUAUUGCAUAUAUACAAACAUACCUACGUAGAAAAGUAUUUAUCUCUGUUGUUUCAAAAAUUCCAGUUUUAUUUAUAGCAACUUGCUUUUAUUUAAGAAUAACAAUAAUUAAUUUUUCAAUAAUGUUAAAUUGAAUCCAGCAUUAAGUUUCUCGUUCAACUGAGCGCAAAAGGAAAAUAAUAAAUAGAUUAGAAAUUUGUACACAAAUGUAGUGUGCACUUACUUACUUAUGAGCAAAGUUAUGAACAUUUUUCGUAAAGAGUAGACAAUGUGCAGUAAUUUUAUAAGAUGUAAUAAAAACACAAAUUCAUUUUAUUGGCUUACAAGAGAAAACAUUUAAUAAGCCCCAGGAAGGCGGCAAUAAAUAGUUUGAAAAUAAAAUAACGUAAAUACGAAUACACACAUAAAUACGAAUGGACACACAUGCAACAACAAACAUAUACGAACAUGCACCUCUAAAAUGGCAUACAAAAGAAAUUUUUUGAUGCACAGCGCAUUUAAUUUGUGAUUUGAUGUGCGUUUAAGUAGAAUUAAAAUAAAAGGUAGGAAACACAAAAUUUUUUCAAAAAUGUCAUUACAUUAAUAAUCAUAACGAUAAUCAUGUGAAUGUGAAGAAAAUACAACAUUGCGUGUAUUUAUUAAAUCAUUCAGCCAUUCUCCACGGAAAAAAUAAACAGGAGUAAAAUUAAGAAGACAUUAAAAAAAACAAUUCAAAAUGCAGAGAAAAAAUGCUUUAUUCGUUACAAAACAAGAAAGAAGCUGUAUACGACUUAAUGGCAUAGUUGGAGAAUUUUGAUAUAGCUGGUAAGUUAAUAGACAGUUGGCUGCAGGGUUUUACGCACAGUGUAUCCAUAUUUUUGCAGGUUGUACGGAUCUAUACAGCAUCCAGAAGGAUUUGAGAUAGGCCCAUCUUUUAUUGUACCAAUCGAUUGACAACGGUCUUCUGUACUUCGGACUUUUGAGAUAUUUUGAUAAAAUUUGAUACGCAGACGCGGCUUGGCCCAGGGACGAACUCUGUUGAAAGUGAUUCGGAACGAAACAUUCUUCCGACCACUUUUUAGAAACGUUCUUACUUGAAAAAGCAUUGUUAUUUACAAGAUUUCGUGACACAAAUAGCCGAGCAAUAGUAUGUCCGCGUUCAAAAUUAAUGUGAAAUGAACAAUCUGGUACGUAUGAGGCGCAUCGCCUUCACGUUCGCCUUUUGUAACUUUAACAUUCUAUCAUUCAUUCAUUCAUUUCUUCCUAUAUUCAAUUUUUC